AUGACCACCACCGACAAUCGCGUCCAACUCGAAAAGAAAGGUCCGCUGGCGGUGAUACGGCUGAACCGCCCCGAGGCACGCAACGCGCUGUCGCCGGAGAUGGUGGCCGAACUGGGUGCGGCGAUCAAGUCGUGCCGUGGGGCAGACACCCGCGCGGUUCUGCUCACGGGCACCGACGGCGCGUUCUGCUCCGGCGCGGACGUGCGCAACUUCACCCAAGAGUUGGAUGACGGCGGACCGGAAGGGCUGUCGGACCAUCUGCGCGAACUGGCGGACGCCCUGCACCGCGACGUGGUGAUGGGCAUACGACGGCUGGACAAGCCCGUCGUCGCCGCGAUCAACGGCGUGGCGGCCGGGGCGGGUUUCAGCCUCGCGCUGGCCUGCGACAUCCGGGUGGCGUCGUCGGACGCCCGGUUCCUGCUGGCCUACGCCAACAUCGGCUGCACGGCGGACGGCGGGUCCACCUAUAUGCUCCCGCGCAUCGUCGGCCAGGGUCGCGCCAUGGAGAUCUACCUGGCCCGCCAACCCAUCGGCGCGCAAUACGCGCUGGAGCUGGGACUGGUGAGCCAGGUGUUCGAAGCCCCCCAUUUUGAACGGCACGCCAUGGAAACGGCGGACCGGCUCGCCCAGGGUCCCACCCGGGCCUAUGGUCGGGUCAAGGCCCUGUUUGACGGCAGCUGGGACGCCGACCUGGCGACACAGCUAGACGCGGAAACCGAAGCCAUCGCCAGCGUCGGGCUGACGCGUGACUUCCAGGAAGGAAUAAAGGCAUUUUCUCAAAAGCGGCAAGCCUGGUUUCAAGGUUCGUGA